UAAAUUCUAAAUGGUUAAGUGUUAAAUGACACGAUACAUCAUUUGGGUUUUCUCCUAUCAAAUUCGCUCAAGGACGUCUGAACAAGAUGACACGGGUACUGGAGCUUAUCGCCCGAGAUAGACAACAUAAAACCGGUUAUAUAUGCAGCACGCCUUACGCCGUCACACAUGCCGGUUUGAGAGUGGGACUACAGAUGUGCGCCAUGCGAUAAGUUAAAAUUCUUUAUACAAGCCAAACUACUGCAGUCGUAGAUCUGAAAAAAGAUGCCGUGUUUGUCCUCUGAAGCCAACCUCAUGACGCUGAAGGCACUGCUGAUAUUCCUGUCGCAAGGGGUUGUUGUUAAGGCCUCCAUCAAGGGAACUAUAGUAGACCUGCAGAGACUAAAUGACACUUUGUUUGAGAGCUACACAUCUGAGUUCAGACCUGCUUUUUACCUUAACCACACAGUAGAUAUCUACAUCCAUUAUAAUCUCUUCUCUGUCAUCGACUUCGACGUCAUCACCGAGACCAUCUCUCUGUCUGGAGCUGUUGGUAUGCGUUGGAAAGACUAUCGACUAGAGUGGGACCCGCAGGAGUAUGGAGGUGUUAAACAGAUUAUACUACCGGCUUCCCAGGUAUGGUACCCCAAGAUCGUCCUAUUAACAGGCAUGUCCAACAUACAACAGGUGGGAUCAGAGGAAUUUGACAUCUACGUUGAAUACACCGGCACUGUGAUAUGGGCUCCAGGAGGUGUUCUCAUGUCAUCUUGUAAAGCGAACAUGCGUGACUUUCCUAGAGACUACCAAACGUGUAUGCUCAUCCUUAACAACAUGGUCUAUGACAAGGAGGAGAUGAGACUCGUACCCGGACAAUCAUUUGUGGAUAUGGAAUUCUAUACCAAGAACGGCGAAUGGGAAGUCAUCUGGACCAAAGUCUCGAACAAGGUUGACAGAUUUGAGAAGUUGACGUCUAUCUCAUUCGUGUCCAUAACGAUCGGUAUUAUCCGUAAGUCGGAAUAUUUUGUUAUCACCAUGCUAAUUCCGGUGGCCGUUCUAUGUGUUUUAGAUGCCUUUGUGUUCAUGAUUCCUGUGGGGGCAAGUGACAGAGUUGGAUUUUCUUUGACUCUCUUUCUAGCUCUGACAGUCUACAUGUCUGUGAUGGGGUCUUUUUUACCAACGACCUCUGAACCCUUGGCAGGAAUGACAUAUUUUUUGUUGGCGUCGGAAAUACACUGUACCUUCGUGAUUUUGAUGACCAUUGUCACCAUUCGUUUAUACGACAGAGAACAUCUACCUGAAUGGUUGGUUCGCUUGUACCGACUACCAUUUAGGAAAAGUAGACAGAGUAAACAACAAAAGAAUGCUGACGAAUCCUAUGAGAAUAUCCCACUAGACAAGGGAGCUCGUGAGUCUGCUCAAGGAGAGGACAGUGAAGCUCAGACGAGACGCUCUUUGUUGAGCAUUUUAGACAAGUUUCUUUUUAUAUUUUUUCUUUCUACAAUGGUAUUGAUGAGUAUUGUCUUCUUCAGUACGUACCUUAAUCACGAUCACGAUCAUGAUGCGAAAUGAUGAAUAACCUCACACAGAAAUGGUCAUGGGUUAUAACUUGCACUCCCACUACAUUUUUAAUUUGAUAACACAAUUCAUAAUGUGUUUGACCCUGCUUCUUAGAUUAACAAGUCCCCGAGGUAUGACAUAACCUUAUAACCACAGGAAUUCCUUUUGAGAGGUAGUACGGAUAAUAAAAUAUACAUAUUACCCAUUAUUAGUUAUUUAUUUUCUAAAUUUGAAACUCAUACAACUAAGGGUUUGUGAAUAAAUUUCAUCUUUCAAUAGGACCUAUGUUACAAAAUGUUGUCAUUCAAACAAUCGCUGAUGUAGAUUUUAAUACUUACAUAUUAUAUACGUGGAUGUUAUCGACGAAGCGUUAAACCAGUAUGAGU